AUGCCGUCAGAUUCCUCCCAGAAGGAGUUCCUGGAAUUCCAGGCCUUGGCCGCAGAACAUGGUGCCACUGAGAUCCGCUGGAUCCCCGGCCACACCAACAUCCCAGGUAACGAGCAGGCAGACGCCUUAGCAAAGGCAGGAACCUCUCAACCCGAGCCUGCAGACGCUCUCCCGACGCUGGCAUAUCUGCGCAAGGUCGCUAGGCAGCGACCAAAAGACGCAUUCAAAGCCUGGUGGGAAGUUUCUGCACCCCAACAGUACAGGGUCCUCGACCUCGAUGCCACGACUGGCUGCCCGCCAGAACUUACCAUUCCACGACCUCUGCUCCACCAUCUGCUCGCAGCAAGAACCCACCACGGGGACUUCGCUGAUUACCACGAAAGGUUGAACCACGACGAUGCGCGACUGACGUGCUCAUGUGGUCGACGAAAAGAACCAAAGCAUCUCUUCUAUUGCCGGAAGAUCGCGCCGCGACAUCGGAUGAGGUUGGCACCUCACCGAGCGCGGCGGUCAACCGAGCAAUAG